AUGACAGAGCUUCCCUCUGGGCUCCUGGAGGCCUGUGUGGUGGUGGGAGCCUCCAGCGAUAAACUGCGUGACAUUUAUCAGUUGCAGCUGCAGAGUAGAAGCAGUGAAUUCCCGUCUCUGGAAGCGGAGGUGCUGCAGGUCCACGCGCCGCCGUUCGUGUCCAAGGAAACCAACUCCAGUCAGCCCGCCUUCAGCCGCGUGCAGAGGCGCAAGAGCUUCAUCAAGAAGAAAAGGCGUGAGCGAGCAGAGACCGCGUCCAAUGGAGAAUCUGCGACUCGCGGUGACACGUCGUCUGUGACCGAGGACAUCAGCGUCCCCAAAGACCUGGACCUCAUCGCGUUGCCCCAGCUCUGUUUUCCAGGUGGUCUUCAAUUGGCCAAUGAGCAAAAAGACGACACGUACCACUUCCUAGUUUUUACCGACUUGUUUGGAAACCGAACCCAUGGAGUAGUGGUCCAGUACUACAGGGCUGUACAAGCUUGUCAGGAAAAUGGCCACAGAUGGAAUUCCUCCAAGUGUCGUCUUUUCACCCCAUUUACGAUUUGCAUAAUCUCGAAAUUCCCGUACUACAACGCCCUCAAAGACUGUUUAUCAUGUCUAUUGGUCCAGUUGCGCCCGGCCCGACAGUCCGAUUUUGAAGAGAAAAUCAAAGAGUUUUCGGCUAAAUUAUCGCUUGUCCCUUUGCCGCCACCAGGACAACUCCAUGUGUCGUUCAACCUUCAGCCUCUGCAAGUGGUUCUUCCGUCCCGAGGGGAUCAGGACAGUCCCGUCAUAGACAUCGACCUGCACCUCCCUUUCCUGUGUUUCUCACAUGCAACACUGCUGCAGAUCCUCUCUUGCCUCCUCCAGGAACAGAGGGUGGUUCUCUUCUCCUCAGACUGGGCCAGAUUAACCCUGGUGUCUGAAAGUCUGCUUCUAUAUCUGCAGCCGCUGUCCUGGCAGCAGCCCUAUGUCCCGGUCCUGGCUCGAGGAAUGCUGGACUUCCUCAUGGCGCCCACUGCUUUCCUCAUGGGUUGUCACAUCAGUCAUUUUGGAGAAGUGGCUGCGGAGACGGAGGACCUCAUCUUGGUAAACGUGGACGAGGGCCUCAUUCAUUCGUCUUGGUCCGACAGCAUCAAACUGCCAGCCAUCCCUUUGCAUGCAGCCGAGAGCUUUACUUCAAGAGCGGAGAGCCUUCAGGUCCAUUAUGACUUAGAGCUGUGCCAUCUGGGAUCCGGGACCGACGUGAACUCGCUCCGGACCCAGCGCCGGGACUGGCUGCGGCGGCUCAACACUCAAAUACAAAACAUCGCACUGGAGCUGGUCGUCAACAUUUUCAAAGGUGUCCAGGACUUCCUCAAUCAUGAACACCGCGUUUUCAACAGUGAAGAGUUCCUCAGGACUCGAGAACCGACCGACCAACUGUUUUAUAAGAAGGUCUUAGAAACACACAUCUUCCACUCGUUCUUGCGGGACAGGCUGAACAGGAAGAGAGACGCCUACAGCCGCAUGGAGCAGAGCGUCCGCAACCACGCCCACAGAACUCGUGCCAUGACGGAGACCCCCUCACGACGGCCCCCGAUGUCUGAGCUGUCCCGCAGCGGCUACAGCAGCUACACCAGCCCCGACCACCGGCUCAGCAAGAAACUGGGCGCCAGUAUGCCCAACCUGCUGCACACGGACGCACUCACGGUCCUCAUCCCCAGCCGCCACGCCUCACUGCGCAAAAUGACUCCAGAUAUAGGGUUAAACUUUCAAAACAAGCCAAUCAGAAUAUUCCGGCUUCCUGAUUUCCCUCCUCCGUUGGCGUAUCACUAUGUCCAAAAGUACUAUUCACAAAUGCUGGAUUCCCUAAAGAGCGCCAUUGACACUACUCCACCUGAAGAGGCCGCUCUGCUCGCCAGGUACCACUACCUCCGGGGUCUGGUGAACACCGUGUCCAACCGAGCCCUGGAAGCUCUCGAGGAUUUCCAGAGUCUGUAUAAAACCGACGCAGACAUCUUUCCCACACAGAUGGUCAAGUCUCUGGUCGACUCUCUGCCUGAGACUGAACGCUUGAUGAUGGAAAAACGUCCAGAAAUCAAGCGCCUCAUAAGCCGACUGAAGCGGGACCAGGAGCGGGAGCGCGCACAGAACGGUAAAAGUUACGAGGACGGGACGGUGAAGCGCUUCAAACUGCCCAAGACCUACAUGCACCUGGAGGAGUUUGUGAAGGGAGUGCAGCAGUCGGGCAUCGUCAAGGACCAGGGCACCAUCCAGCGGCUGUUCGACGCCCUGACUGUGGGUCACCAGAAGCAGGUCAGUCCUGAACUGUUCAGAGUGUUUUAUACCAUCUGGAAGGAGACCGAGGCCGAAGCUCAAGAUGUUUGCCUUCCUGCCUCAGUGCUGGAGCACAUGGAGCCGUCCGAGUGCGUAUUUAAGCUUUCCUCUUCGGUAAAGACGAGCCGCGGCGUGGGAAAAAUUGCCAUGACCCAGAGGCGCCUGUUCCUGCUGACAGACGGACGUCCUGGUUACGUGGAGGUGGCCCAGUACAGAGACAUCGAGGAGGUGAAGGUGUCCUCUGCCCCCAUCCUGCUGCUGAGAAUCCCCAGCUUGAAGCUCCGAGUCCGAGGGAGGAAGGACGCUUUUGAGGCCAAUCUAAAAACUGAAACAGAGCUGUGGAACCUGAUGGUGAAAGAAAUGUGGGCGGGACGCAUCAUGGCCGACCAGCAUAAGGACCCUCAGUACAUGCAGCAGGCUCUGACCAAUGCUCUGCUGAUGGACGCUGUGGUGGGCAGUCUGCAGAACAGUAAAGCAAUCUUCGCUGCCUCCAAACUGGCUCAUUUCGAUCGCAUCAGAAUGGAAGUGCCCAUGAUGGUCCCCACCACGACGGCAGAGACGCUGAAACACAAGAUCAACCCUUCACUGGAGCUCGCGGCGCCUCACGCUGUGGACGUCCUAAUGUACACACCAGGGCAGCUGUGGGUGUCGGUGAGCGGAGGGAAGGUGAUGGUUUUUGACGCCUCCACAUGGUCCCUCACUCACACCUGCCAAGUCGGGACCGCCAGACUGAACUGCAUGCUGGGAGUGGACCAGGACCAGGUGUGGAUGGGCUCUGAGGACUCUGUGAUCUACAUCAUCAGUCUGGUCUCCAUGGUCUGUAACCGCCAACUGACCGAGCACCGCGCCGAGGUCACCGGCCUCGCCCUGGACACCGACAAGUACAGCCAGAAGGUGGCGUACUCCUGCAGCGCAGAGGGAACGGUGAUGGUGUGGGACAUAGCAACACUACAAGCCAAAAAGCACUUUCGUCUGAGUUGUGACCGUCUUCAGUCUGUGAGCAGCUACAACGGGACUCUCUGGUGCUGCUCCAGGGAUAGCGUGAUGGAAGUCUGGAGAAGUGGAAACGUAAAACACCGACUGCAUUUACCCGAACAGCAGAAAGGCACUGUGACCACGUUCAGCUCAUUCCUGCUCUUACCCGAGAUUGAGGAGAUGUGGAGCAUUUGUGCCGAUUCUGGGGAGAUCUCGGUUUGGCACAUGAAGGACACGAGUCGACCGCUGCAGAGAGUUCUUCUUCCAGACUGCGCCGGCUGCUUCUGCAUCAUCAAAGUCAAAGACCAGGUUUGGAUCGGAGGUCUCGGCCGCAGCACGACUAAAGGAAAGAUCUACAUUCUAGCUGCAGAGCGCCACCAGGUGUUGAAAGAGCUGCACGGACACACGGACAAAGUGACCGGACUGUGCUCCGCCGAGGACCGAUACGUUCUGAGCGGAGCCGACAGACGGGACGGAAAAAUCGCUAUAUGGAAAGUGGAAUAA